AUGAACAGAGAAAUCGCAAAGACGGCUGGGAAGAGGAGAGACGGAUGCAGUGCAGCAGAGGAGGGUGCCUGGAUGCCUUUGCCACCUCAGCCAGGAGAAGGUGGAGGAUGGAGAGGGGGGAGAGAGGAGAACGAGCGGGCUCUCGCCGUGAGGAAGUGCCCGGCCGGCUGCAGAACCCACUCCAGCCGGGGUUCGGGUUUCCCGGGGCUGCUCCCCGACCUGGCCCGCGGUGAUGGAGCAUUUCUCUGGUUCCCCCGGCGCAGCAUUAUCAUGACGGCCUCCUCCACGCUGCUGGCCCUCUUCCUGAUGCCCCUCUGCCUCUGGAUCUACAGCCGCCACUGGAUCAACACGGCCGUGGUGCAGCUGCUGCCCCUGGGGGCGGUAAGCCUGACGCUGGGCAGCACCCUGCUGCCCAUCGGCCUGGGGGUGCUCAUCCGAUACCGGCACCCCCGCGCCGCCGACCUCCUGGUCAAGAUUUCCCUGUGGUCCCUCUUGGUGACUCUGGUGGUCCUGUUCAUCCUGACUGGGACCAUGCUGGGCCCAGAUCUGUUGGCACAGAUUCCUGCGUCCGUCUACGCCAUUGCAGUGCUGAUGCCUUUGGCAGGGUACGCCUUGGGAUACGGCUUAGCCACUGUCUUUAAAAUGCCCCCACAUUGCAGGAGAACAGUAUCUUUGGAAACGGGGUGCCAAAACGUCCAGCUCUGCACUGCCAUCCUAAAACUCACCUUCUCCCCGGAGCUGAUAGGGAGCAUGUACAUGUUUCCCUUGCUUUAUGCGCUUUUUCAGUCAGCGGAAGCAGGACUGUUUGUGCUGGCAUACAAGAUGUACGGAAGAGACAGCUACAAGCAAGAUACACUUGGUGAAGAGGAAGACACAGAUAUUUCCUACAAGAAACUGAAGGAAGAGGAGGUAGCUGAUACUUCAUACGGCACAGUGACCACAGAGGAGCACAACUCCAUUCAGAUGGAGCCAACUCAGACAGCGCUUUAGGCAGGACAUGGAGGUAACUCCCCAAGACAUGAAUGUGUGUUGUGCUUGUAGCCAGGCUGGAGCUGUGCUCGCUGCUGUGCAAGCGGAGCUGCCCAGCCUCUCGUUUCUCCAGCUGCUCCCAUUGUACAAGGUGAUAUGUGUUUAUUACCAUGACAGUUCUACUUCCUCAAAAGUAAACGUGAAAAGAAAAAGAAAAAGAAAAAGAAAAAGAAAAAGAAAAAGAAAAAGAAAAAGAAAAAGAAAAAGAAAAAGAAAAAGCAUCACUGUGACACAAACCAGUAACUGUAAAACUUCAUGCAAGGAGGCUGCUGCCUGGCUGAGUGCAGCAGGAAUGGGUAGAAGGAAGAAACAGUGUUCUACAGAGUCAGUGCCAACUCAGUGUCAGUUCAGAUGACAGAAAAAACACGUCGCGUGUGUGUCUCUGUGCCUCCCACCUGCUGUAAAAGCAUUGUUCUCAUUGUUCUCACCACAAAUACAUGGCGAAGCCGAACCAAA